CAAGAAGUAAUGAAAAAAAAAUCAAAUCUAAAAGUGAUCAGAAAUCUAAUGUUAAUAAAAAUGAGUGCAGCAAGAAAACACACAAGUUUAAACAUAAAACAAAAAUUAAAUGUAAUUUCUGACUAUAAAAAAUAUGACAAAGAAGAACUUUGUACAAAAUAUAAGUGCUGCAGGGCCACAAUAAAUAGAAUUUUAAAAAAUAAAACUUCACUAAUAGAAAAAUCAAAGACUGUCAACGGGUCCACCAAAAGGGAUCGAAGUGGAGCAUGUGCAAAAGUAGAAAAGGCCCUUUUAUUUUGGUUCAAUCAAAUACGAGAAUCGGGUGCCGUGAUUUCACGCAAUAUGUUAUUAGAAAAGUCAAAACAAUUUGCUGUUGAGAUGAAUGAAGACUUUAGGCCCACACAUGGUUGGCUUCACAGAUGGCAAAAAAGAGUAGGCAUUACUCUAAAAAAAAUUCAUGGUGAAGGUGCGUCUGCAGACAAUGAUGCUGCAAAUGCUUUCUGUGAAUCUGUUUUGCCAGACUUAAUUUCCAAAUAUCAGCCAUCAGAAAUAUUCAACGCUGAUGAAAGCGGCAUUUUUUAUAAAGCUUUACCAAAAUCAACAUUGACAAAAAAAGGUGAUCAAAAACGAGGAUUUAAAAAUUCUAAAGAACGACUGACAUUGCUUUUUAUUUGUAAUGCAACCGGUGACUACAAAAAAGCAAUUGUCAUUGGAAAGUCAAAAAAUCCAAGAUGCUUUAGAAACAAAUCAUUACCUCUGAAAUAUUAUUCUCAAAACAAAGCUUGGAUGACGCAAAGUUUAUGGCAAGAGAUUUUGUGUUCGCUUGAUGAUGAAAUGGGGAAACAAGGACGUAAAAUAAAAUUAUUUGUAGACAAUGCAGCUUGUCAUAAGACAUCAGCAGUGUUUCAAAAUAUUGAUCUACAGUUUUUACCAGCAAACACAACAUCAAUAAUACAACCGCUAGAUCAGGGUGUUAUUCACUGUUUUAAGUGUUAUUACAGACAAAAUUUGCUACGUAAACAAAUUUCUGCAGUGGAAAACGGAAAAACGAUUGCUGAUUUUAUGAAAAGUUUCAACAUUUUUAAUGCAAUGCACGUUAUACAAAAUUCUUGGUGGCUAGUUAAACCGACGACAAUAAAUAACUGCUUUAAAAAGUCAAGAAUUUUUCCUUCUACUGAGCCUACUGAAUUGGAACAUGAAGUAUGUCUUGAUGUGGAACAAGAAUCAGCUGAUUUUGAAAAUUACGUCCGCUGCGAUGAUAACAUACCAUGCUAUGGACAACUUACUGAUCAAGAAAUAAUUAAUGAAAUUUGUCAAGAAUUAACAUCAGACAAUUCUUCUGAUGAAGAAAAUGAAGAUGUUGUUAACAAUCCUCCUUCAAGUAAAGAAGUUCUGUGUUCUAUUAAUAUCCUUCGGGAUUUUUUUUUUGCCAAAGAAUCUUUAUUCACAAGAACUGGAUAAUAUGGAAAACUAUAUAAUCGAAAACUGUUACAAACAACAAAUUCAAACCUUAAUAACUGAUUUUUUUAAAUAUAAAUAUUAAUUAACAUGUACUUUUUUUAGUACAGCUUUAAAGUAUCAUUUAUGGUAUUAACUUUUAAAUUUCAUUCCUUAUACAUAUAGAUCUCAUUUUUAUGUGAAGUUAAUUUAAUUUUUUCCUUUUAUUUACUUUUUGUUAUUGUUUAUUUUAAGAAGUUAUUGUUAUAAACAUUGUUUCUAAUAAAUGAAUUAAAGAUUUAAAACUGGUACAAUGUAAAA